GUUUUAUUAUUGAGUGUAAGUGUAAGGCUGUUUUUCUCUCUGCUAGUAAAAAUGAAUAACCAAGUUGAAGAGAAGAAGAACAAUGUCGAGGCUGAGAAACCGAAACCGACUGCUGGUCCUUCCAACCUUGAAAGAACUAGUUCUAUUGACAAUGAACCAAAAACUUUACUUCAAGAAGAAUUAAACUUAGCAAGGGAACAAGCUUGGGGAGUUAUCAGCACUCACCCAAAAGAGGAGGCGCUGAAAAUAUUCUUGAAGGGGUUGAAGCCUGUCACAUGCUCUAAGCAGCCAUCAUCAGAGGAUGGUGUUGUAUAUGAUGACUCGGAUGAUGAUACUGUGUAUAAUUACUCAGAUGAGGAUUUUGUGUAUGAUGCCGAAGACGAAAAUGAAGAUGAUGAUGAAUAAAAUUUUUAUUGAAAUUAUUGAAAGUAAAAUUUGGAAGAGUACUUUUUAUUAAAAUAAAAUAAUUUACUUGUUUGUAUUAUCUCAUGUCUUUUGUGGAUUCAUAUUAAAAUUAAAUAUGUCUUAUGGAUUUGAUAA